AUGAAGCUUCUCGCGGGUUUCCUUGGCCUUUCGGCAGGAAGCAUUGUGAUGCCGUCGGAAUUCGAAUUCCCGGAAGACGGAAAAUACGACAAGAAAAACACCUUCUGUUUCAAGCAUUCCGGCGAGUUUUCUGGUAUCAAUCAUGUCAAAAGCUUCCCUGAAGUUUCAAAUGACAUCAAACUUGCUGAGAAAUGGCUUUCUGCAAGAGGAGCAGGAAACCCAAGAUCGUCCAUGAGCGUCAUGUUCAACAAGGAUUUCCGACCUGAGGAGUCUCUCCUUCUUCAUGCCUGCGAAGAAGGCCCAGAUGUUCGUGGUCUCUUCUACGAUGACGAGCUCGUCGGCGCAAGAUUCGGCCUCAAUGACUGCAACGAAUUCUACGUCUUGACUCCCUUCAAAGGCGUCCUCCCGUACAAGAUAACCGACGAGCUCAAUUUCAAUGGCAAAGACGCGAAGAAAUUCAAAAAGCAGCGGAAAAACUUUGAGCGAAUCGUCGGCCGAGACGUUGAAAUCAACAAGCAAGACGGCCACUCUGACGAAUGCCAUAAAGUGCAAAAAUGGGUCAAGGGAAAAGUUGUUGAUCUCGAAGAAAGGGACUACCCUUUCCCGCAGAAUGAAGUCUCUCUUUGGGAUUCGGACAUCCAAUCGACUUUGGACAACAUCGCGAUGAUGAACCAGCUCGAUGUUCCGAUGAGAGUCGGUAAAGAAAUGUACGAGCAGGUCUUCGCCCUCCAGGCCAUGCACAAAGGACUGUGGGAUUUCAGCAUGCAGAUGGCUGCCUAUGAAAUGGGAGUCAAAGUGCCUUGCUUUGACCUUCAAAACUGCCUUUCCGAUCCGGAGCGAGACUGUCUCGAUUUGAUCGGACAGUGCGGCGAGCAGAAGAAAUUCGAGGGAUUGAUCAAGAAAUUCAUGGAGGAAGAAAUGGGCUACUUCGGAUUCGGAAAUGUCAACCAUGGAGACAUUGCAAUUCUCUUCGAUCAGAUUGACGAAAAAGACGACAUGGAAUACUUUCGAGUUUUUGUGAAGAAAUUCGUCAAGCUUUUUGAGAAAAAGAAUCCAGAAUGGGACUUGAGCUGGGACGAUAAGAAGGAGCUUGAACGACUUGCGGGAAUGUUGUUGAUGCAAGUUGAUGAAUUCAUGAAAGGCGAUAAAAAGCCAGACAUUGGUGGAGAAAUGAGCAUUGAGGCGGUUGUUACAGAAUUGUUCACAGACCCCACUGGAUUCUUGGAAGACCUGGCUGAGAUGGAUAUGGAGCAGAUGAUGGCAAUGGUUCGCAGCCUCUUGGGUCCGAUGAUGGAUGAAGAGAUGAUUAUGGUUGUCGAAGAGGUUAUGCAAUCGAUGGACUGGGAAAUGGUCUCUGGUGCUUUGAAUGGAUUAUCUGCUCUUCUUGAGGGAAAAAUCAGCAUUGAGGAUGUUCUCGAUGAUCUGUGGAUGAUGAACGAUCUCUCAGGCUUCGUUCCCAUGACAGAGGAGAUUCUCAACAUGGUCGGCCUCCCUGAACAAAUGCGACCUCUUAUUGAUGGUUUCUUGGAAGUAUCCAAGAUGAUUCUCAGCGAUAUUGAGGGCUUCCUUGAGGCUGUCAAUGAGGAGCCAGAUAUGGUUGCAAUGAAGAUGAAGGAAGCAUUUGGAAUCUGGUUCAGUAUGCUAGAAAUCAGCGACGAGGACGCUACAGCUCUUAUCUUGGAAUCCCCACUGUUCAGCUUCGACACUGAUCUGUUCAACGCAAUCAUGGUCUCAAACAACACUGACGAUUACUACGGAGCGAUCGCCAUGGUCACUGAAAAUCUCUUCGAAACCAUUGGCUACAUUUCGGAAAAACUCGCCGAUGUCGAUGCUGGCAUGCCAAUCGAUGCUGAAAUGCUUGGCGCCAUCAAAGGUCACGUUGACAAUGUUUCUUUUGGAAUUCUCUAUAUGUUCCUGAACUUUGAAGAUGAGAUGACGAUUACCUUUGGCAUUGUUGAGGUCAUCGUUCAAGAAGUCAACAAUAUUCUCGAAACGUAUUUCAUGUUCAAACCAACUGAUGUUGCCUCAAUGCUCCUUUACUUCCGAGACGAGAUCCAACAGGGAUACGACAUGGUGCGAGGAUUCAUCCUCCCACGAGUUGCUGAUGCUAUUGAUGUUGCUAUGUCAGGACGCGACACAAUUGCCGGACUCCUUCAUGUCGGCGUUGAUCAAGUCAACCACCUUGGCAACAUGACUGGAUUUUUCAUCGACUUUGAUGAAAUUGACAUGAUGUUCACAGACGCCCCUGCGAUUGCCUCAUGGAUGGAUGCGGUCCGCUACGGCCUAAUGGGCGAUCCGCAAACUGAUGAGUACUUUUCUUAUCUUCUCGAGGACGGCUCCUCUUCUUCUUCUUCAUCUUCCAGUUCUGUUGUCUGA